AUGGAGAAACAAUCAGGACUUAUUGGGAGCAGAAUUCUGAAGCUUUUAUCAAAAGCUGCACAGCCUGCCGUCACAUACCACAGCCCACCGCCCAGCCCUAGAAAAACCUCAGGUCCAAUGAUAUCACUCAUUCCCUCUGAGGCCAGAAGGAAGCCCAGGAAUGGAAUUACCUUUGGUCCAAAAGAACCCACUUCUCCAAAAGUCUCAUGCAUGGGCCAAAUCAAGGGCAAGCAGAAGAAGAAGAAGAAGAAGAACCAAAGCAAAAGCAAGUCAAAUACUAGCAAGGGGGCUUGCCCUCCACCACAAGAAAGCACCACCUGCAAUCUAGUUUCAUGUGUUCCUAAAGAGGUGAAGAAAAAGACAUCAAAGGGUUUGCCCAAGGAAGCCCCACCAAAAGAAGGUGAUAAAAAUGACAAUAAUCACCCUGAUGGUUUGGUGGGCGGUUCAUCUAGAGGUCCAGAAAGAGCGCCUUCUUUGGGACAGAUGAGGAGGUUUGCAAGUGGUCGUGGUGUGCUGGCGGAUUUUGAUUUGAUAUUGGAGGUUCAUGAUGAUCAAUUGGGUGAUGUGAAAAAUAGGGUGGGUGGGGAUAGUCAAGGAGAUUGA